CAUCAGGGUCACUGAUCACCAGUGCCCUGAUGAUCGGUGCCCAGCAGUGCCACACACAAGUUCCGCCCACCUGUGCCCAGCAAUGCACCCACCUGUGCCCAGCAAUGCACCCACCUGUGCCACCCAGCAGUGUCACCACCUGUGCCCAGUAGUGCCACCCACCUGUGCCCACCAGUGCCCAUCAGUGCAGCCCAGCAGUGCUGCCAGUCAGUGCCCAGCGGUUGUGCCAGUCAUCAGUGCCACAUAUCAGUGCUGUCUACCAGUACCCAUUAUCAGUGUCGCCUAUCAGUGCCACCAAUCAGUGCCGCAUAUCAGUGCCAUCUAUCCGUGCCACCUCAUU